AUGUCUAAGAAGACCAGAUCUUUUUGCCUCCUCAAUCUGUGUGUUCUGGUUUUUCUAUCAUUUGCUCGCGCGAUUGAUUAUGAUCUUGAAGUUCAAACUCUGAGCGAUAUGUACACAGCCCUGAACCGCCCGUGGAAGAUGUUAAACUGGUAUAAAGGUAACCCAUGCGAGGAUAUGUGGGUAGGAAUUACCUGUGUAACAUUAUCAAAGGGACGAUCAACCGUGACUGGCAUUAACCUUCGCGGUUUCAACCUUACUGGUACAUUGGACUUCCAGUUAGGAAAUCUUCAAAAUUUGAUAAAACUGGACCUGAGCGCCAAUAACAUUCAAGGUGAAAUCCCACAUCGUUUAUCUCGACCUCUCAAACUUCUUAGAUAUGUGAAUCUGAGCCACAACGGAUUAUCUGGACGGGUGGGAGAUUUUUUUAGUGACAUGGAGAAUCUGGCAUUGCUGGAUCUGUCACACAAUAAACUCACCGGAGAAUUACCUACUUCAUUUGGUGCUUUGAAAAGUCUGAGGAAUUUGCUUCUGCAGGGCAAUUCACUUAAUGGACCGGUCACUAUUUUGGCAAAGCUCCCACUAAUAGUUCUCAACAUUGAAGAUAACCAGUUCAGUGGUGUGAUUCCAGAAAAUUUUAAAGACCUUAUUCACUCAUGGAUUGGGGGUAAUAUGUUUGAUGACAUAGAAGAAGAAGAAGAAAGGAUUCAAAAGAAUAAGCAGCAGUCGAGUAGUUGUUGCUGUGGGCAUUGA